UCGUCGACGAGGACGCGUGUCAGUUUUCCAGGAUGCGGUGGUGUUUGUUGAUGACAGCGUUAGCGCUAACGCUCAGAACAGCUACGCCACAAAAUGCAGACAGCGAACGAAUCUUUUUGCAGACUCAGGUGAUGGCGAACUGCCUAGGUCAGGGCAUCAUGGACCAAUACACGGCACACAUCAUCAACGCCGUGCGCCGCUGCGAGCAGUUCCCUCCACAGCUGACACGGGACCGAGCACUCGAGGCCUUAGUGCUCGACUUGUCCGCGCAAGAUCGCGGCGUGGUCUACGUCCCAGUGAACGUGGGCUCCGGUCUGGGGGGUAGUGCUUUAGGUGGUCUAGGGGGCUUAGGUGGUCUAGGGGGAUUGGGUGGUCUUGGUAGUGGCAUUGGAGGACUUGGAGGUCUAGGUACAGGACUUGGUAGCGGACUUGGUGGUGGACUUGGUGGUGGACUUGGCGGUCUAGGUACAGGACUUGGUGGUCUUGGUAGCGGACUUGGUGGAGGACUUGGUAGCGGACUUGGCGGCGGACUUGGUGGCGGACUUGGUAGCGGACUUGGUAGCGGACUUGGUGGAGGACUUGGGGGCUUGGGAAACACGUUUCCAAACAAUCUGGAUACUUUUGACAGAUUUGGAGGAGUCAGCUCAACCCUAAGGCCAGGACUCAACGAUUUAGGGGCACGUCAGCCUACCACCAUCAACGCCUUCCAGAAUCCUAACCUUAUAGGCAACCGGUUCGGCAACGAUGUUGGAACCGGAGGUGUUUUGGGUCUCGGUACCUCCAUCGAUACGACCAGACGACCCGACAACUUCAACAGAAACAACGAUCGUGACCGCAACAACAACCCCUUCGGUUUCGUCUUCGGUAAAUCCACGUCCUCAGACUUGCCAGAGAGAGCAGCUAUCGUCAAGGAAGACAGAAACAACGAAAUCAACAGCACGGACACUACGAACAACGAAGUUCACGAGCGGACCAAGCGUCAGACGUUCUUGAAUAAUCAGAGGACUCGAAUAGAGGCACUCAACUACCUGAGUAACAUGACGUGCGUGCUGAAGGAGGCCAACAUGAUCGAUCACAACAACCUUCCGAACUACCAAUUCUUCGAGAAUGAAGUCAGGCGCAUCCAAGUGCCUCGAGAACUAAGACAAGACCUUGCCACAGGCCUACAGUUCUGCAAAGAACUCACCCAAUGUAUGCCCAUAGAACGCCUCACCCAUCCAUUGGCCCGCGAACUGGGCCAGGCUGUAGCGUAUUUCAGAUGCGUAGCAAGGACCAGCGUAAAGGCUUGUAUGAACGAAGAGACCAGAAGAUCUACUGGAAACUCAAGGUUACUUGGGGCUUUCAAUUUCUUCAACGGUAAUGGGCUUGAUUUACUUAAGUCUGUGACACAGUUAGCUCUUGGAGAUGAUGCACUUGGCUUUGAAUUCUUUUAAGCCUGAAUGAGCAUUGCCGUAAUCCCUAACAAAAUUUAGAGUUGCCCCCAGAUUCUGGUAAUCCAAAAUCAGAAGCUGCCGCGUCUGUAAAUUUUUACUGGGAAUCGCAUAAGUUAAGGAAAAUAGCUUACGGAAGUGAAUAUGAGGAGCAUCGAAUGGAUGACCGGUUACAUGUUGUACAGUUCUGAUGUUCGCAUUCAUUUACUUCAUUUAGUUUUGCAGAAUUCAAUUGCUAUCUAAUAUUUAAAACAUUUUAAAAAUUCUCCAUCUAAAAAUUG